AUGUAUUCGAGAAUAGCGUCAAUUCGAAGCGGACUACAUAGGAAAUUUGGUCACAGGAACAACAGUAGUGGGAUUUUGAAAAAGAAAGAAAAUAUCUACAAAAAUUUGCUGCCUGGUAAAUUAUAUCAUGGAUUUAUCUGUACGGAUGUAGAACCAAUAAAGGAGUACAACAUGACAGCGUAUUUUCUGACCCAUGAGAAAACUAAGACUGAAUAUUUACAUUUAGAGAGAGAUGAUCCAAAUAAUGUGUUUUCCAUUGGAUUUCGCACAACACCUCAAGAUUCCAGGGGAACACCUCACAUAUUAGAACACACAGUUUUAUGUGGUUCAGAGAAAUAUCCCGUUCGAGAUCCAUUCUUCAAAAUGCUUAACAGAUCUCUUGCCACCUUUAUGAAUGCAUUGACCGGCCCAGAUUAUACAUUUUACCCAUUCUCAUCUCAAAAUGAAGUAGAUUAUAGAAACUUGCAAAAAGUAUAUUUGGAUGCUGUUUUUAAACCUAAUUUAGAAAGACUGGAUUUUCUGCAAGAAGGUUGGAGAUUAGAACAUGAGAAGUUAGAAGAUAAAUUGUCUCCACUUGUUUUUAAAGGUGUAGUCUAUAAUGAAAUGAAGGGAGCAUUUUCUGAAACCAGCUCUUUAUUUGGUCAAAAGUUCAUAAAUACAAUUCUUCCAAAGGGCACUUAUGGUAACGUAUCUGGUGGAGAUCCCUUAUGCAUUCCAGAACUAACACAUACUCAAUUAAAGAACUUCCAUUCAACAUAUUAUCAUCCUAGUAAUGCAAGGAUAUUCUCAUAUGGUAAUUUUCCUUUAGAGCUAAACUUGAAGUUUGUGAAUGACAUGUACCUCAGUAAAUAUGAGUAUUUGGAUAGUAAAAAUUCUGUAGUGAAGCCCCAAGAGAGGUGGAAAAUGAUUCAAAGGACCUCCACUCCAUGUAGAGUAGAUCAAUAUGGUGGACCAGUGGAGAAACAGAACCAAAUUGCUAUGGGUUAUGUCAUGUCCGAUAUUACUGAUGUUUAUGAUACAUUUAUGAUGACAGCCCUAGCUGAGUUGAUGAUUAUUGGCCCAAACUCUGCAUUUUACAAGAGUUUAAUAGAGAAGAAUAUUUCGGGUGGUUACAAUUCUCUUACUGGUUAUGACAACCAGAUAAGAGACACCUUGUUUGUUGUGGGUUUGAGAGAUGUUGAAAAAACAAAUUUUGAUCUUAUAGAGAAUAUAGCAAAUCAGACUAUAGAGGAUAUCCACAGCAAAGGAUUUGGAAGAGAACACAUUGAAAGUGUACUGCAUGGUUUUGAGCUGUCAAUCAAACACCAGUCGCCUAAAUUUGGACUAAAUGUGCUUUUUAACCUAAUGCCCCUUUGGAACCACAAUGGUCCAAUUUUAAAAGCCCUUAAAGUUAAUCAGCUCUUGGAUCAAUUAAAAACAAAUUUAAUGGACUCAAACUAUGUUAAAGAUGUUAUUGAAAAAUAUUUCAUAUUGAACAAUCACAAGCUCAUUAUGACAAUGCAACCUGAUCCUAAGUUUGAUGAUGUUUUUAAUGAGGCAGAAGCAAAGCUAUUAAAAUCUAAGGUGAAGGAAUUGACAUCUGAAGAGAAAGAACACAUAUUUAGGGAUGGCAUUGAGCUAUCGAGGGCACAAAAGAAAGUUCAGAAUCUAGAUAUUCUUCCCUGCUUAAAAAUAGAUGAGAUCAUAUUGAGCAAAACUGCUCCAACUCUAAAACACACAGUAUCUGGAACGAUACCAUUGCAAUUAUGCGAAGCAAAUACCAACGGAGUAACAUAUUUUAAGGGAGUGCUGGGUGCAGAAAAUUUAAGUGAAGAUCAGAGAGCACUAUUACCUUUUUUUAAUUAUAUUCUUGAUAAAUUUGAUACAAAAUCAUAUAACUACAGAGAUUUUGAUAAAUUUGUUAGUAAGACGACUUCUGGACUGAGCUUUGUUACACAUGUGACAGAGCAUAUAGAUUUAGAAGAACAAUAUGAGCAGGGCGUAUUAAUAAGCAGUCACUGUCUGGAUGAAAAUUUACCCAAAAUGAUGGAUAUUUGGUCUGAAAUAUUCAGUCAACCCAAAUUUGACAAUAGCAAGAGAAUGACAAUGCUUUUUGGGAAUUAUUGCUCAUCUUUAACUAACGGAAUUAUCGACAGUGGUCACGUCUAUGCGAUGCAGGCGGCUCGGUCUCUGGUCUCCUCUGUGGAUGCAUGUAAAGAGAGUCUCUUGGGUAUUAAACAUAUAAUGAACAUGCAACAAACUCAGAAAAAGUAUAAAGUUGAGGAUAUACAGGCUAUAGUGGACAGUAUAGGAAAAACUAUCUUGAAAGGUGGAAACCUAAGGGCUGCCGUCCAUUACUCCCGUAACAACAAUGAAUUUCACGAAGAAAUAGACAAGUUCUGCGUUAGUAUGUGUCAAAAUCAAGACUGCAAAGAUGUCAACAGGAUUAAUUUCAUGGAUUCAAUGGUGCAGUCUAAGGAAAACCGCGGUCUCCACGUAUCUAUGAACAUCCCAGUUAAUUACUGUGCAAAAGUUAUCCCGACGGUCUCUUACAUGCAUCCCGACUAUGCAAAAUUGAGGGUACUUUCACGAUUCUUAACUUCGAAAUACCUUCAUCCGGUCGUCAGAGAACAAAAUGGCGCGUACGGCGGUGGCGCUAUGUUAACAAUGGAUGGCGUUUUUAACUUCUAUUCAUAUAGAGACCCGAAUUCCCGACUGACGAUGGACGUUUACGACGAGACGACAGAUUGGAUGGACAAAAAUGUGAGUCUAGUAGAUGACCAAAACCUCUUUGAAGCUAAGCUAUCGAUCCUACAGCAAAUGGACGCGCCCGUGGCCGAGUACAUGAAGGGAGUCGAACUAUUUUUAUACGGCUUAUCCUACGAUAUAUGGAAGACCCAGAGGGAGAGGAUUCUGGGAGUCAAUCGGGACGACCUUCUAGAAGUGUGUCAGAAGUACUUGACGCCCGACAAGUGGUCUGGAAAGUGCGUCAUUGGAGAGGGAGCAUCUCAGCAGUUGUGCAAGAAUAACGAAGCCUGGGAGAAAGUGAGCGGACCGCAAGAGAAGGAUGUGACAUGUUAA